CUCGGGUACGUCCUUGGCACUUAUCGUCGAUUGAGUAUUAGAAAAAUGUUAAGAAAAGUCAGAUUUUUGGGAGGCACGUAAGAUUUGUAAUGCCUAUAGUUCUUCUAUGGCCUAUAGCGCCCCGGUCUGACACUCGCGCUUUUGUGAUUUCGUUGGAUACGUAUCUUAGCACACUUUAAUAACAAAUUCAGUCACCAAUUUGCACUUUGGCUCUAGGAUUAUUACACAAGUAAAUGUAGUACUGAAAUGUAUUUGUGAGAAGUAGAUACUUACUCAAUCAUUUUUAAUUUACUGCCCAGUACUAGAUACCGAAUAGCUACAUUAAAAAUGUCUUUAAAAUGUAUUAGAUGAAUAAUGGAAAUGGAUCACUAUAUUAUUUAAACCAUAGAAGCUUGAGAAAUUGAAGAAACGAGAACAUAUUAUAACCUCAAUUUAUAACUUGAGAUAAAAGGAAUAAAACAAACAUCAAAAUGCAUAAGAAUUCUUCUUUUCUACUCACCAGGCUGAGCAAAUAUCUAAAAAGCGCCUGCAGAAUGCUCUCAACUGCAGAAAAUCAACAUGUGCUUACCAAAGAAGUGGGAGAUAAAGCUGUCAUAAUCCUCAAUCGUCCCAAAUCUUUAAACGCUCUAGGAACCAUUUUAAACAGACAACUGACAGAGUCCUUAAGGAAAUGUAUCAACGAAAAAUCUUUAAUUAUCUUGAAAGGUGCUGGAGAUAAAGCAUUCAGCGCAGGAGGGGACUUAUUAGAAGUUAAAGCUUAUUUUGAAGAUGGUCAAUGGAAAAAGCUUACAGAACUAAUAGUCGACCUUAAUAUUAAUAUUUAUUUAAUUCAUACUUCAAAAGUUCCUGUAAUAGCGUUCAUGAAUGGCAUCACAUUUGGUGGAGGAGCUGGCAUAUCUUCUUUCGCUACUUACAAAAUAGCAACAGAGAACACACAGUUUGCGAUGCCAGAAUCAAAAAUAGCUUUUCACCCAAAUUCCGGAGGAACAUAUUUUUUAAAUAGAGCGAAAGGUAGACUUGGUUACUACCUAGGAUUAACUGGAAAUACACUUAAAGGAUCUGAUGUAUUUCAAGCAGGUUUUGCAACUCACUACUGCUUGAGUAAGAAUUUGGAAACAUUGGAAAAAGCUAUUCUUUAUUCAAGCAAGCAAGAUAGUAUUAACGAGAUUAUAGAUGAUAUUUGUGAAAGGAAUAUUCCUGAUUUUAGUUUAGCUCCUGUGAUGGAUAGCAUAAACCGAUGUUUUGCUGCUCCUACAGUUGAGGAUAUUUUAAAAAAAUUAGAUGAAGAUGGAACUGAUUGGGCCAAGAAGACUGUUGAAAAUUUGAGAAAAUAUUCGCCGACAUCGUUGAAAGUAAUAUUAAGACAGUUGCAAAAAGGCAGACAUUUUAAUUUGGAGGAAUGUUUAGUUAUGGAAAGUAAUUUGACUGUGAAUUUUUAUCAUUUUCCAGAUGUAAUAGAAGGAACUAGAACAACUCUAAUAAAUAAAGGUGAAAUAGCUCAAUGGAAUCCUUCACGAUUAGAAUCUGUUACGGAGGAAUUAAUAAACCAACAUUUUGAAGAAAGUGCGGGUGAAGAACAAAGAAAAAUGCUACGUAAGUUGCAAAUAAAUGUAAAUUCAAAAAUAUAAGAUUAAUAAUUAUAAUAAUGCUUUUAUUUCCAACACCCAAUGACAGAAAAUAAAUGAUUUGCAAAUAUAAGAAGAAGAAAUAAAAAAAUAACAUAAG